AUGAAUGUGAAUGGACUGUUCCAUGCCAAAGACGGUGUCCUGGAUGGCGAUGGCAACUUGAAGAUCUUGGAUGAAUAUAAAGCUUAUGAAAAGAAGGAAAGCGCUGCGAUGCUUGAAGAACGGAAUGGCGAGAUUGAGAUUCGAGUGGUAUCCAAUGAUGGCGAUGCGGAAAGUAUGAUUCUUUUAACAGGGUUGAAGAACAUUUUCCAAAAGCAACUACCCAUGAUGCCCAAAGAGUACAUUGCGAGGCUGGUAUAUGACAGGAAUCACUGCAGUAUAGCCCUGAUCAAACAUCCAAUGAAAGUCAUUGGUGGCAUUUGUUACCGGCCAUUUGAUGCGCAAGAAUUUGCUGAAAUUGUAUUCUGCGCUAUUGCUUCCACCGAGCAAGUCAGGGGUUAUGGAUCACACUUGAUGAACCAUUUAAAAGAUUACAUUUUAACGCAUACCAACAUGAAACACUUUCUCACGUACGCUGACAAUUAUGCCAUUGGAUAUUUCAAGAAGCAGGGCUUUACAACUGAAAUUACCUUGGACAAGCGAAAAUGGGUUGGAUAUAUCAAAGAUUACGAGGGCGGAACGAUUAUGCAGUGCACGAUGGUUCCGAAAGUGAAAUACCUUCAAGUACACAAAAUCCUAGCAAUACAACGAAGAGCCGUAUAUGAAAAGAUGAAGCAAUUUUCAACGUCCCAUAUUGUAUACCCUGGCAUUCAAAUGUCGAUUGAUGAAGAUGGCAACAAGAGAAUCGAUCCGUUGCAGGUUCCCGGUGUUAAGGAAUCAGGCUGGACUCCAGAAAUGGAUCAACUAUCCAAUCGACCACGGCACCCACCACAUUAUAAUCAGAUGCGUCAUUUGGUGACUGAGUUACGAGGCAAUGCGCAUUCAUGGCCUUUUCAUGACCCUGUGAAUGCAGACGAAGUGACAGACUACUACGACGUCAUUAAAGAACCUAUGGAUCUGGCGACACUGGAACAAAACGUGGAAAAUGAUUACUAUCAGACAAUGGAUCAAUUUGUUCGCGACGUACAAAAGAUUUUUGAUAACUGCAGGUUAUAUAAUGCUGAAUCGACAAACUAUGCGCGAUGUGCUAAUCGACUGGAGCGAUACUUUAACGAGCGUUUGCGCGUCUGGACGAGCGGAGAUAGUUAG